UACUCACCACAAUAUUUACCUAUAAGUAUAUAUAAAUGAUUCAAUAUAACCUUUAAUUGCAUUAUACCCAAUAUAUCCAGUUUUAAAAAGCUAAAUAAUAUAUAGAGCGAGAGAGGCGAGUUGAAUUUAUCAGAAAAUCAAAAAAUGAAUCAACUCGACCUAAAUCUACUUUUAAUUGCACGUAAUUUAUUUAUACAACUUUCUCUGGACUUUGAUAACGUUCAGUGACGUGAUAUACAGUAAUAACCUGUUGAAUAUUUUAAAUUUUUCAAAUAUGGACAAAAUAAUAAAAGGUAUAAUGAGAUAUCGAUGCGAGACAAAAGAACAAAUGGUUAAACAAUUUCGUCAAGUUAAAGAUAAUCCUACCCCUAAAGCUGUAUUUUUUACAUGCAUUGACAGCAGGAUGAUCCCUACAAGAUUUACGUCAACAAAUGUAGGAGAUAUGUUUGUAGUAAGAAACGCUGGGAACAUAAUUCCGCACUCCCAACAUUUUUUGAACGAACUUACGACAAAUGAACCAGCAGCACUGGAAUUAGGUUGUGUAGUAAAUGAUAUCAGACAUGUAAUAGUUUGUGGACAUAGCGACUGUAAAGCUAUAAACCUGCUGUAUAAGUUACAAGAUGUGAAAUUUGCUUCACAGGUAUGUUCAGUUAAUUACUAAGGGACAUUUUCGAGUAAAUUUAUCUGUCAGUUAGAUCCAAGUCUGUUGCUUUCUUAUGCACAUGUGUUUUAUGAGACAGAUUUAGAUUUAACUGGAAGAUACAUUUAUCAGAAUGUGAAAAAACCCGACAUAAUUCUACCAAUAAUUGUUUUUUACAUGUUAGAAUACCUAUUAUUACAGUAUGAAAUUUCAGUAUAAGUUCAGAUUCUUUUCAAAUUCCUUUAUUUCGCCAAUCACAGUA